UUUCUGUGAUAAUUUUGCUACUUUUAUGUUUUGUGACCGUGGCCCGUGCGAUGUGGUUUUAGAUGAUAAUUUAAAAAUCCUCUUCUUUGAUGGAUUAGGAUGUGUAUAGAGUGCAGUGUUACGACUGUGUUGUUUUAUUUUUGUGGACAAUUUAUGCCUUACUAUUAGUGCUAUAGAAUUAUCACGAUGCGUAUUGGUUUAGUGUUAUAUUGGUGCGUAUUUAUUCUUCAUCUGUGUAAAGCGAAUGAUGGGGAGAGGACAGAGUCCAGAGAAGGCCGAAGAGCUCAAUGGGGCCCCAUGGUGAGAAGCGGGUCCUUCAUGAGCGAUUCCGCCGCCGCAGCUUCAAACGAACUCAUAUUACUAGAAGCGUGCAACAAUGACGCUUUGUGCCUCCAAGACCACGCGGGACUGGAAGCCAUCACCCAGCUGCAUCGCCAGCUCGACGACGACGCGAACGGCAACGUUGACCUCAGCGAGAGUGAUGAUUUCCUCCGCGAAGAGUUGCAGUACGACAGUGGCUACGAGAAGCGGCAGCGCGCCUUCCAUCACAAUGACGACAUGCAUAUCUCCGUCAAGGAGCUGUGGGAAGCUUGGCUGCGCUCUGAGGUGCACAACUGGACUGUAGAACAGACAGUAGAAUGGCUUUCGGAAUCUGUGGACCUGCCCCAGUACAAAACCCUUUUCGUUCAACAUCGCGUCACCGGUGCUACAUUGCCAAGAUUGGCAGUAAACAACAUGCAAUAUUUGAGCAACGUGCUGGGCAUCAAGGAUCCCAUUCACAAGCAGAAACUGGCCCUCAAAGCGAUGGACGUCGUGCUAUUCGGACCCCCGAAAGAAGGCAGUCGAUGGAAGGACUGGUUGCUCGCGUCGUUGCUGCUCGGAGCUGUGGUGGGCGGCUGGGCGGCGCUGCGGGCCGGGCGCGCCAGCAGGCAUCAGGUGCAGAGAAUGCUGCGUGACAUGGAACAGCUCCGGAAGGCGGAGAUGGCGCUCGACGAUAUGCAAAAGGAACUCGAAAAGGCGCGCCUCGAACAGGAAAAUGUGGCGACCGAAAAGAAGAAUCUAGAAAAGAAACUACGGGAGGCUGGGGAUACUCCGCUGUUGAACUCCGCGUCAUCUGAUCUCGAAGUCUCGCAGCUGAAAGCCGAAAUUGAAAUGCUCAGAGGUGAACUGCGACGUGCGGAGGGCGAGCUCGAGGACAGGUGCUGGGCUCCCCCACCCGGAUUGCAACAGUGGUUGCAGCUGACACACGAGGUGGAGAACAGGUCGUAUUUGAGGAAGAAACAGCAAGCAGAUAUGCAGUUGCAACAGGCCAGAGACGCUUGUGAAAAGCUACGUAAGAAACGUUCCAGUCUGGUCGGAGCGUUCGUCUCAACACACGGCAAAUCCAUAGAUGAUGUGGACCGAUCCAUCGUUGAAGCAAGAACCGCCCUCAACGAAGUUACCCAAGAAUUGCAGGAACGCAUGCAUCGAUGGAAGCAAAUAGAGCGUCUGUGCGGCUUCAACAUAAUAAAUAACAACGGGCUACAGUUCCUAGAGAGCACCCUGUACAGGACUGCGAACGGACGACAGGGUAGAGUGCGCAUGAGCAGUUCACAAGACGACCUCAGCGUGGGCGAUGACACUUCCUUGUGCGGCUCAGUGACAGACAACUUUGGCUGGCGCGAGGACUCGUCUGGGAGUGAAGCCGAUGCACCACAUUAUCCGUUAGACCUAAGACUUGCUGAGGCUAGAUUGCAACUAGAAGAGCGCAUGGCGCAAGAGGUGCGUGAGAAGGGAAUAGACGAGAGAAGGAUAAACGAUAAGCGGGGCAUUGACGAGAGAACGAGAGGGUCGUAUAAUGACGUCAGGAAGAGUCCGACUGAUGACAGGCGGCGCGAUCCCGUGCACUUCACAUUGGGGGGAGACAAUGUGAACUGGACCGGAGAAGACCUAACUCGCGCAAUCCACUCACAAUCGCAACCGCAACUACGUGCCUCCAUGCGAAGCAUCAGCGGGGCACCUUUACCCCCUCCCAGACGACCUGUGUCUUCCGGACAGAUUCAAAGAUCUCGCAGCACCGACAUCGUCCCAUUUAACCCAGACGAUCCAAAACCAUCGCAAAGGCAACCCUUUACAAGACAAAAAACAGUGGCUGAAGGUAACGAGCAUUCUGAAUCGCCUUCCAGCAACACUCCCCCAGAAGAAGAAUCAACUGAUUCCUCACUAAUGGACGACGAGGGUUUACCCAAAGCGAGGAAGCGACGCAUCCAUCUACCCUUCGGGAAAAAAGCCAAAACACCUGCGUGACAAUCGUCCUGACUUCCUGACGCUUUCACGAUAUACAAGUUCCCAAUAGGCAUCCCGUGUGUCAAAUUUACGGAUAUUAAAUACAUGUAUUUAUUUUUCUUUUACUAUUCAUAUUCAUUGUCUGAGAUUGGUAUUCGCGCUUAAUUUAUGAGUGCUCUAUAAACACUUUGUAAUCUAUUGUAUAUACAUUUUUGAGUACUUAAAUUAUUUGGUUCGGGAUUAUUUAUGUUAUUACUAUUUACUUAGGAAUGUAUGUAGAUUGACGAGCCAUUAAACUAAAAAAAUAUUUUCUGCUAACUAGAUAUGUAAACGUAUGGACAGGUAAAGCCGUUUUCUACUGAAUAACGUUUGCAGGACGUUUUACUUUGUUGUGAAGCAUUUCUAAUGUGCCUAAAAUUUUCAUAGUUAUUAAAAACGAUUUUUUUUUCUCGAAGCUUACGCUUAUAAAUACAUUUAUUUAUAUUCCAAUAUUUUGUGGCGUCAAGUCUACUUAAUUAUUGACGGUAGCUGUCUUUAUUAAUUAAAUUUAAUGGUUUACGAGAGCGAGUGAAUGGUUUUAGCUUCGACCAUUUUUAUCUUUUUUAUUACUAUCCGAGAUUCCGAUUUUAAAUACAUCUAUUUAUUGUCCGAUAUUUAUGGCCUAAGUCCAUUUAAUUAUUUUCAGUUAUUAUCUUAAUGACAGUAUACAAUGACCGAGUGAGUGGUUUUUUGAUUUUACCCAUUAUUAAAGUAAAUUAAUUUAUUUUGCACGUUUGCUUUUAUUGUGUUAGCUAUUCGAAUGCACCGGUUGAAAUUUUACUUUAUGUUUUAUAUGAAUUAAAAAAAACCCGAAUUUUAAACUAUAUUGACUUAAGUGCGUGCAUAUUUAACAUUGAUUAUUAUUUUAGUUCAGUCAUUUGGUAUUUUUUCCUCAAAAGUUGAUAUUUUCUUAGUUUUGAUCAAAUAACUAGAUACGAGAGAACACGUGUGUAGGAGUUAACUUUGCAGAGCUUGUGUGCUGAAACUAUUCAUUUCACAAAAAAAAACACGAAAUUAUCUGAGCUUUACCAAACUUUCUCCUUCAUAAAAUGAAUCGGAAAAUAGACAUGGUCAAAAAUCUUAUUGUUUGCGCUAUUUUUUAAGAUGCUGACGCAAGUUUUAAAAGAUUAAACAAAUCAUCACGAUUCCGAAUGUAUAGUGUUUAGUAUUAUGUCUCAAAUUUUUACUUUUUAAAGGUAAAAUUGUUUGUUGCGCAAAGCUCGUAACGACUUACCCCAGCUUAGGAAAAAUAAACUAUACCAAUUUGAAAAACUACCGAAACAUUCUUCAGAAGGGCUUUAUUCAAUAUGAAUAUAAAUGACUGAACCAUGCUCCGUAUAGAUAAAUAUGACGCUAUUGUGUAAAAUAAAAUCAAUUGUAUGUUUAUAUAAUAAUUAUUGUUUUAUCCUAAUUUAGAAACCAAUUUUAUCAUGUCAACCGUAUUUCUUGAAUAGCUUUUUGGAAUGUUUCAUUUAGUUUUAUUAUUUAUUUUGUGCUUUCAUUAAUUCACAUUAUUUCAACAGUUUUAGUGUAAAAAUAGGUGCAUAUAGUUAUUUAUAAAUAGAUAAAAAGAUUUUUUUUAUCAAAGAUUUUAUCGCCUGAUACUGAGAACUUCACAACGCUGUUUUCAUGUACGAAGUCAUUCGGUAUUUUAUGACGCUAAUAUACCCCGCAUUAUUAAAUGCCGCAUGUCUUAGUGGUAAUGUAAAAUGACAUUUAUUAAUGACACAAGAGUGGCAUCACCCGUUUUAAGGUUAGACACUUUACUCCAAUGUAAUAAAUUUAUGAUUUUAAAGUUCAUUGCAGGCAUUCGUGGCAUUAUCAUAUAAAAUUCUUAAAUGGCAUUGGGCCGUAACAAAAGGAUUUGGGUGGGUUUGCAUAAUAUCAAAACUCAAAUGUUUUACAAUUUUUCUAAUCAAAUUAGAUAAUUUCUAACAUUUAUAAGUAAUCAAAACAACAUAUUUGUGUUGUAGGCACAGUCAGAACUCAACUCGUUUUACGUGUGUGUCCUAAUGGACGGAACACGUAAAACGGGUUGAGUUUGACGUAUAAUGACGUCAUCGUCAUUUGUGCCUACAACUUACGAAUUAUUUUGUUAUAUAAGGGGUUUGCAAUGAACAAAAAUAUUUUUUGGAUACAUCUCUGGCAAUUGGGAUUAAAUGAAAUGGAAUAUUGUAAAAAGAUGUCGCACUUAAACGUUUCUACUUAAAUAUAGUAGUUUAUUGAAAUGAAUAAUAUCAAAAGCAAUAUUAUUAAUAGUUUUAGUAGGUAUAUUUAUAAUAAAACAUCCUAAUAGUUAAUAGUGAAGUAAGGUUAUAUAAGAAUAGCGAAAAUAUACCAUUAAAGGAAAUCUUAUUAAAUUCUAAAAAAGUAUUUGAUAAAUUAUCAUUUUUACAUACAAAGACUAUUAAAAACACAGGUGUUUCUAUACAUUUAUUAUUAUUUAGUUAUGCGGAAAAGUAAAUCGGUUGUGUUUUUUUUUUGUAUAGACUACUUUCGACUAUUGGAAUACUUGUAUUCAAUGUGUAAAAUGUAAAAUAUAUACAUAUUAUUAUAUUACCAUAAUAUCGCAUCAUUCCCUAUUGUUUUGUAGUAUGAUAGCGAUAUAAUUGCCCCUUAGAUUUAAUUAUAUAGAUUAAUUUUAAGAAAAUUUGGUGCUAAAUGAAUCAUCAGACUGAAUCGUGGAUGGCUCAAGUAUUUUUUUCUACGAUUUGACUAAAACAAAUUGUCGAUUUCCUUACUUGUCGCCAUCUGUUAAUGCAUGUUUUUAUAUUGUACUUACACGAUAAACGUUUUCCGUUUGGUGACUUAUAGACCGAAGAGUAUUUAAAAGUAAAUCUUAGUUUAUGCUACAGUUGAACUUUAGAAACACUCACCCACACGUUGGUGCCAUCGUUAGUACCAACGUUGGUAAGCAUACACAUCUAUAUAACGUUAGUUUACUCUAGGUAGAGUCGGUAUGAAGGUGUAUAAUUUAAAAGUUGCUUUAAUUUCUUUUGCAAUACUGUGUGCUCACAUAUAAGUAAUAAAAACUGUAAUAAGCGUAUAGUUAUUGAAUAAUUACUCAUCGGGAGUACCGGCGACAGUAUAGCCGAGGCGGCAUACCGCAAGCGUUGCGGGCCGGUGAUAACACCGCACUUCUCCGAAUUGCACCCGUAUUCGCUGCUCUGUCGACUAACUAUACAGCCUUUACACCUAUGACACUUAUAAUUAUUUUGCUAAUUAAAAAAAUACAAAACGUUAUAGUAGAUGACAUCGUAGCGUAAUUUGACACAUGCACUUUCGAUGCGUGCUGUCAAUCUGUACUUCACGAAUAUUUGUACAUCGACCGAGAUUUACAUUUACAAACGAGUGUUUAUAUCUUUGUAUAUACCCCUACCAAUUUAGAGGCUGGCUCCUCUCCUGGUCAAUUUAAAGAAUAUUAUCAUAAUUGGUAUUUUCAAUCCAACCCGUAUUGAAAACCCCAAUAUUUAAUUAUACUAUUUUUAUUCAAAUAUACUGUAGUAUAAACUAGGAUCUUAAUGUCUCGAAGACGUGAACUUUUGCAAUAUUGUAUUUUACAGUACUUAACACCCAUUAAUGUAGCACCUUAAAGUAUAGCCAGUGGUACAAGAUAAAGAAAGUAAACAAAAACUUUAAUUGUGUAAUAUCCGGUAUGGAAAAGAAUUUAUUUAAAAUGUCUUACCAGAAAUAAUCUGUUUGACGACCUAUGCCGAAUGGUGAAUGCUACGGUAUUAUAAAUUCAGUCCCCUGCGGAGGCAAUAUGUGAAUAUAUAAUUUCUGAACUGUCUGUGGUUUGAGAGACCUCGGACGUGGCUAUUUACCACUCUACCGACAAAUAUGAGAAGCGAUUUAGCGUUCCGGAACGAUGCAGCGUAGAAUCCAAUUAGGUAAUAAUAUAACUGCCUCUAACUGGUUAGUCCAGUAAGAUCUUAGAAAGCAUUUUUACUUACUAUCAUGUUAGAUUGCAACCAAGGGCUUACUUUGAGAGGAAUAAAGGACUAAGAUUUUGAUGUCUUGAAAUAUCGUUACUAUCGACAUACCUUUCUCUAACCAACGAAGGCGUUAGAGCUUACGUACUUUAUCUCGUUUCGUUCGUCUUGCUUUAGACAAAAAUUUAAUUAAUUUAUAUGUAUACAAAAUUCCGCCGCUUAUUUGCUCCAUACAGUUCGCGGCAGUUCAAAAUAGCCCAAUUCAAUAUAAUUUUAUACUUAUCAGGUAUUGUAAUAGUUAAUUUUUUAAUUAUGAAAUUGUUAGUUUUUAAAUGGAGUCACAAAACUGCAAAUAUGUCGCAGUGUUUUAGACAAUAUUCACGAAUUGUGUUGAGUGCUACUAGCUACGUUUGCCGACCAUUUGACUACAUAAUUUACGCGGGGAUAACCGAAAUGGAACUUGCACGGCGAACUCAUAAAAAAAGAAACGAACGAGCGAGUGAUUCAAUGAGCUAAUUUUGUAGUGUAUGUCUCAUCACCAUCAAUAGCUUAUAACAGGCAACUGCUCGACUGAAAGCCUCUCCCAACAGGAGAGUUUGCUAAUAAUAACCCCGCUGUGCAGCAGGUUGGUGAUCGCGGUAAAUGUUAGUAGUAGGCCAUUCUCUGUUAUAUUCUCUUAGUCGCCUCGUACGACACCUACGGGAAGAUGAGUAGUGACAACUGUAUUCUGAUCUGCAGUCAUCUAUAUAAACGUAGUGCUAAAAAGGGCGACUAAAAGCUGUUUUGCUAACGUGUCUGACGUAGGUAAGGGAGGUGCAGUUUAGCUGUAACUAUGUAUUAGCAAAAUGUCAACAAGUCACCUUAUUCAUUAGUACGGCAGAUGUGGGGUCGGUAAAACCGUCUUCUUUAUUAUUCCUUUUCCAGUUAAUUCUAUCAGCUCAUUAUCUAUUUCUUUUACAAGCUUAACCUUAUAACUCAAUUCAUCCAUCUCAUUUUUGGGAAAAGGAACCCUAAGUGUCACCAUUUCAGAGUGUCCAUUCAAGUGACACCUAAUAGACCUCAGGUCAGGUGAUAGGUCUUUUUGAUUGUCCUUCGUUUAGUUUGUCUAUGCAAAGAAAGAAAUUGAACAUUGUUCUGGUAAACAGAUUUUCAACCCUCCACAUCACUAAAAUUUAAUAAUAGAUCGACAAACCCCGCCCACCUUCACAGGAGCAAGCAAGAUCAUUGGGUAAAAGUUGCGUUCCGUUAUUCGGUGUUGCCAUUUAUAGGUGAUGUGACAAACUACUGUGAACUCUAUAUAAUAUUUGAAAUGAAAAAAAAAAGAAAGUGUUUUCUGGUGGUCGGCAAAUAUGUAUUUUGUCCUAAUUUUAUCACAUUUGGAUCAUAUUAUCAAAGGAACACGCUGUAGUAUGAAAUCUGUACAGUGAACCCCAGAUCUGACAGUUGUGUAACAAAAGACAAAUCGUGAUAAAAAAAAGUUGUUAUAAAAGUUAAUAAAUUGAUCUAAAAAUA